CCAGGCCCCCAGUAUGACUAGAUUCUUCAAAAGAUAAGAAGUGUGAAUUUGGGGCAGGUUAGAACUUCACAGAAAGUUGCAGAAACGCGCUUCAUACACAAAAUCAAUUCCACUUUCCCGGAACCCAGAUAGGCAAUCUGAGUCCCAGAGCCAGCUAAAUUGUUCUAGACUCCCAAAAAUCCCAAACUUUAAAUAUAUCUACAAGUCUACACCACCAGCAUAUACUCUCGCGUGACAACAACAACAUAAAAAAAUUCGAAUCUCCAAACAGCAAUCAACCUAGUCUUUACGCUAAACUUAAUUUUUUUUUUUUUCUCGGCCAGAAGAAAUCAAAAGACAGAAAGAAAGAUGUGUUUGGUGUUUGUGUGCGAUCAAGAUGAGAGGGUUUUGGCUAGGCAACCAGCACCAGGGGUGUGUCCAUACUGUGGAGGAAUGAUACAAGCCAUGGAUGUUGAGACCCAGUGGAGGUUCUGUUUUCUACCUCUCUAUUUCAGAACCAAGCGCAAGUUUUCUUGCACCGUUUGUGCCAGACAUUUGGUGGUUCAGUAACAUAUAUAUAUAUAUAUAUAUCACUUUUUUUUUCUUCUUUCUAUAAAUCUCCCUUGUUGUAGAGAGAUCUAUGAUAUGUACUCGUUUAUAAUACUAGUCUUUUAGUUUUUUUUUUUUUUUUGGCUAGUGAUCCAGAUGUAAAUAAAGGGUGACUUUUAAUUUUUAUUAGUUUUA